ACAAAUCUCUGUUAUUAUUGAGAACUGUCUUUCGUGUGGCAAAUCGCUGCUCCUCACAAACGUCCACAGUCACCCACUUGUCCAAUCUCUGUGGAAUUUCAGGAUAACACAAAAAUUACUCCCAUGGCUUAAUCACCAUUUUCUGAUAGAACACUGGCACAGAAAAAUGAGCCUACUACUCCGGCAAUGGCUUCCACUUCGUCCUCCUCUCUCUCACAAAAAUCCCAACUUCAACCUCUCUACGAAGCACUGCAAUGUCCGACAGCGUAAGACGACGUCUUAUGUUGCCGCCACCGGUGUCGACACAUUCACUGAGAAGUCAGGAUACCUCUUUCAACUUAGUGAGUCGGAAGCUGAGUCACUCUCUGAGUACGAUGUUGCCAGAAUCGGUUCAAUUUAUAGGAGGAAACCCAUUAUUUUGGGUCGUCGGUUGUUUCAGAUGGGUACUACACUUGGUAAAUGGUUUUUACUUCGCUAUAUUGAUGGACUCAUGGAUAGAGCUGAUGCCAUGUUCAAGAUUCGAGCAGCUGAACUUCGGAGUAUACUGGUGGAACUUGGUCCGGCGUAUGUCAAAAUCGCACAAGCUAUAUCUUCUAGAUCUGACCUGAUUCCACCAUUGUAUUUGGAAGAACUCUCCCUGUUGCAAGACCGAAUAACUCCAUUCUCAAAUGACAUGGCUUUCAAUACAAUAGAGCAGGAACUUGGGAUGGCAAUUAAUGAUAUGUUUUCGGAAAUUUCACCUGAGCCAGUUGCUGCUGCUUCACUUGGUCAGGUUUAUCAAGCUAGACUUUGGGAAACUAGACAAGUGGUUGCUGUCAAAGUCCAGAGACCAGGCGUUAAAGCUGCUAUUGCGUUGGACAUUUUCAUCUUGCGCUUUGUUGCAGGCAUAAUUCGGAGAGCAGGAAAGUUUAAUACGGAUCUUCAGGGAGUUGUUGAUGAAUGGGCAUCCAGUCUUUUUCGGGAGAUGGAUUACAGGAAAGAAGCUAAAAAUGGAUUGAAAUUUAGAAAUUUGUAUGGUGGUCUUCCAGAUGUUGUGGUUCCUCAGAUGUACAUUGACAAAACAACACAAAAAGUAUUAAUUAUGGAUUGGGUGGAGGGGCAAAAGUUGGCUGAAGUUAAAGAUCUUUACUUGGUUGAGGUAGGGGUUUAUUGCUCAUUUAAUCAACUGCUGGAGUUUGGAUUUUAUCACGCUGAUCCACAUCCAGGAAAUCUUCUUCGUACAUAUGAUGGGAAACUAGCUUAUUUGGACUUUGGCAUGAUGGGCGAAUUCAAGGAAGAACUGCGUGAUGGAUUCAUUGAAGCUUGCCUUCAUCUUGUUAACCGUGACUAUGAUGCACUGGCUAAAGAUUUUGUCACUCUUGGGCUUCUUCCUCCAACUGCUGACAGAGAUGCUGUUACGAAGGCGUUGACAGGAGUCUUUCAAAAUGCUGUUGCGAAAGGAAUUCGUAAUAUAAGUUUUGGAGAUCUCUUGGGUGAUUUGGGAAUAACCAUGUAUAAAUUCAAAUUUCGGAUACCAUCAUACUUUUCACUUGUCAUACGGAGCCUGGCUGUUCUCGAGGGUAUUGCUAUUAGCUUUAAUCCUGAUUACAAGGUUUUGGGUAGUACAUAUCCGUGGAUUGCUAAAAAGGUCCUAAUGGGGAAUUCACCAAAGUUAAAGUCAUCUUUGCUGUCACUUCUUUACAAGGAUGGUGUGUUCAGGAUUGACCGUUUGGAGUCGCUACUUAAUGAGAUGCGUCGUGCUAGACUGGAUAGGGCCUUGGCAAAGAAAGAUGAAUUUGACAAAAAAGAUGCUGCCAAGGAUAUAUUGUCUUUUACGCUAGCAGAUCAGGGUUCUUUUAUACGGAAUAUUUUUCUUGAAGAAACGGCCAAGGGUUUAGAUGCAUUGGGGCUGGCUACUAUCAACUCAAUUUCUAUUCCAUUUCUGUCAAUCCCCAUGUCUGACGAGGAUGUUGUCAACUUGAGAAACUUCCAUCGUCUUGUGCUAUUGGUUUCCGGAAUACAGGGUUCUGAUGCUAAAACUGAAAGUAUCAACGACGUCAGGAAUCGGACAUCACCAGCGAUGGACGUGAAUCAGCUUCUUAAUUGGCUUUUAGAUACUCAGGAAAUCCAGCCCAUUUUUGCUUAUGUUAAUGAGCUUCCGUCAGAACAACAGCAGCAGUUAUACAGAUUGCCAGUUGAGGUUCUUGCAAGACUCUUGUCACGUGUUGCUGCAAGAACGGUCCGUAGAUAUUUCCUUUGAGUUUUGGUAAAGGUCUACUUCUCAGUGCAAUUACUUUGCAAUGAGAUUCUAACACCAUACGAUAGUGUUGAAUACUUGUAUGAAAACUCGUAUUUGUAAAUUGCAAUUAUUUGCUAUUAAUUUGAAUAGAGAUUAUUAAACGGAGUUCACAUAUGAAGGUCCAUUCUUUUCUUUCACCACGUUGUGAAGCUACUUGUGAGGGUGAUUGUAGACUUGGAUGAGAUUCUUAGUCGUGGAAGAUUCCUCCACUUAAACGAAUAUGAAAAACUUCGGCCGAGGCAGGUAACUUGAAACAUCUUAGCUGA